GGCUGCGUUGGCUUAUUCGCCUGAACGAGUGAAGGCGAAGCUCCGCGCACGAUCAGCGCCCACCGCCUCCAGCGGCGCCACAACUUCCCGCGCAUCCCGCCCAUCGCUGCCAUGGCAACGGCGGGGCAGGAGAGACGAGACGGGCCGAGCGGCGCGUCUCCCUACCGCAGGGCGCCCCCUCUGCCCGCGGGAGGACUUCCUUUCUGUGGCGGCCGCUCCUCCUCCCACGAUGGGAGGCGGAGGCCCGGCAUGCAGCGCGGCGCGCCUCACUUCCCGGCCGCGAAAAUGGCGACUCCCAUGCACCGCCUCAUCGCUCGGAGACAGGCGGAGGCAAACAAGCAGCACGUAAGAUGUCAAAAAUGUUUAGAGUUUGGACAUUGGACGUAUGAAUGCACAGGGAAGAGAAAAUACCUGCACAGACCUUCAAGGACAGCUCAAUUAGCAAAAAUUCUGAAAGAAAAAGAAAAGCAACUGCUGCUGCAACAAAGCACUGGAGAAAGUACUGCAGAAAGGAAGACCAAGAAAAAAAGAUCUAAAAGUGUAACAAGUUCCAGCAGCAGCAGCAGUGACAGUUCAGCUAGUGAUUCCUCAUCUGACAGUGAUGAUUCUUCUACCUCUUCUUCUUCUGAUAGUGACAGUGAUGAGAGCUCCUCCACAUCCUCAUCUUCUCGAUCCUCGAGUAGUACUUCCUCAUCUUCGGAGUUUGAAUCAGAUUCCAGUUCCUCCAGCAGUAGCAGUAGCAGCACAGACAGUAGUUCUGAUGAUGAGCCACCAAAGAAAAAGAAGAAGAAAUAAUGUGUUACAGGGAAGAACUGUUUCUGAGUGAAUUAUAACAUUCUUCAAAGAGGUUUUGAGCACAUGGUUGCCAAACAAUUUAACUGGUCAACAUUUCUACUGCUAAAACUUUCUGAAUGUUCUGUGUCGUUCAUAGGACAUGAAAGGUAUUAAAUGGCACGUGAAACUUACUGAAAGAGUAUUUUUGAGGUUUAUCAUUUUAUGGGAAAUCCUACUUUUUUAGUUUAAAAGUCUAUCAUCAGAUUUGUUUAUAUGAGCUAAGGCCCAGUAACCUGGAUGUUUACAUGCUGGAAAGCAAAAUCUUUUUAUUGCAGAUCACGCUCUACAUCAUAUACUACUAGUCUGUUUAUGGCAACUUCUCUUACAUUUAGAAAAUCCUCUAACCUAUUAGAAGCAAAAGCUUCACACUGCUGCCUGCAGUGCACUGUCAUUGUUGAAAUGGAAUGCACAGUUGCACACAGGACCUUCCAUCUCACUGUUAACAAAUAUAUGCUGCUGAGCUUUUUUCUGGUGGCUUUUCCCGAUGCUUCCAGGUUGAGUCUUACUUGCAACAUAAAACUUUCAAUAGUGUUUAUUUGUUAAUGAUGAAUAUACUACUUGUACUGUACAGAGGCUUUGCCUGUUUCCACAGUUCAUGUAUUUGUAGUGCUUUUCAGAGACAGUCUCUUGCAGCAAUGUCUGUGUAAGAAAGAGGAGCAGUGCAGGAUGGAAGGAUUGACUGAUGCUGCUUAGGAGUUUCAUCUUUGUGCCUUUUUUUGUAAAUCACUUGUAUCCUUUUGAAAGAAGGGCUUGAAUAGGUGUGUUUCAGAACUAUUAGCUUUCAAUAUAGAAUAGUCAGUAAAAAUGGUAGUAACAAACAAAAAUGGCACUAUUUUUAGGAGAAAGGAAAGCUAUUUUCACUGAAUGUUCAGUGAGAAGAAGAGUUGUCUUUAAAUGGAAUUCCCAAAGGAGAGAGUUUCCCUUUUGAUAUUUUUGCAAAAAAAAAAAAAAAGUUGUGUAAUGUGAGACUGUCAGUCUGUGUUGUUGGGCACGUGGUGACUGGCAUUAUGGUCUGCAGUAUGAUCAUUCCAUCAUUUCUGUGAGUGCAUAUGUCUCUGUGAGAAUCUGGAAUGGGAGAUGCAAAUUGAUGCAAAGAAAAAUCCCAAGUAUACUGCAGAACAAUUACUGCUGGUUACAUAUUGAAACUUCUGUGUUCUUUUGGUGGAUUUGGGCAGUUGGCAUUUGUAUUCUAAUUUGGGAUGUUGUCUCCUGGAUUUCUUAUUGUUGGAGUUCCCUUUUUUUUGGGAGGGGACAUCACACGUGGAAGAAUUCUUAAAUAUCUUGAUUUAGGUAAAAGAUAGUUACUAUUUUUUAUAUUUUUAUGGAAAAUGCAGUGUGUAGUAUUACUUUUGAAUAAACUGUGCUUAUAUUUAAA